AACCAAAGGCAAUAAAGGGCACACAAUUGCGUCGAUUGGGUUCCUUUAAUUUGUCGAGAGAUCGAGAGAGAGAGAGAGGGAGAGAAUCUCCAGCUCAAACCCAUCUCCUUCUCACGUUACGUCACAAAUUUGUUACAUGUCGCCAUCUGCAGCAUUUCAUCAAGCACCGCACGUACACACGCACAUUCUCUCCUAUAAGUUAAUCAAGAUCCACCGACAUUCUUUGCGUCUCCUUUCUCCUCAUGCUCCCUUCCCUCCCCCGCAAUGGCAUCUUCUUCUGCUUCCCAAAUUUCCCUCCUUUUUGUUGUUUUUGUCGGAGUCUUGCUGUUGAGUUCGACCGUGGUUGAUGGGUUUGCGAGCGGGCUGAAGCUCCCUUCGUCGAGGGCUAGAUCGAGGGGAAGGCAGUGGACUAACCUCACUCUCUCGGUUUCGCAUUUUGGAGCUAGGGGAGAUGGAUGCGGCGACGACACCCAGGCAUUUGUAGAAGCUUGGAAGCGUGCUUGUUCUUCAAGAGCACUAGCUGUCAUUGAAAUCCCUGCAGACUAUGUAUGUUUGAUCAGGCCAAUUCAAUUAGGUGGGCCGUGUAAAGGAAAGAUAACAUUGCUGGUCUCUGGAACGAUUAUUGCACCAUCUGAUCCUGAUGCCUGGAAUGGGCUAGAUCCUCAUAAAUGGCUGUAUUUCCAUGGUGUAAAAGACUUUGUGGUAACUGGCGGUGGAAUUAUUAAUGGCAGGGGACAAGAAUGGUGGGCAAGCUCUUGCAAGAAAAAAACAUCCAAUCCAUGCCGACAUGCCCCUACGGCAGUUACUUUUCACAGAAUCAAGCGUCUUAGGGUCCACGAUCUAACACUGAUCAAUAGUCAACAGAUGCAUAUGGCUUUCACCGCUUGUUCUUUAGUUAAAGCAUCUCAUCUGCAAGUGAUUGCACCAGGCACAAGCCCAAACACUGAUGGGAUCCACAUAAGUUCAUGUACUUCUAUUACGAUCGAGGAGAGUAUGAUCAAGACAGGAGAUGAUUGCAUAUCUAUAGUCGGCAAUUCUUCUGACAUUCUAGUGAGGAACAUUAUCUGUGGACCAGGUCAUGGCAUAAGUACUAUUGAUAUUAGUAUUGGAAGCCUGGGCAAAUCAAACUCCACGGCGAAAGUGCAAAAGGUGCAAGUUGAUGGAGCCUUUAUUUCCAACACUGAGAAUGGUGUAAGGAUCAAAACAUGGCAGGGUGGUCAGGGUUAUGCCCGCAACAUUAUGUUCAAGAAUAUUUUGAUGAGUAACGUCUCGAAUCCAAUAAUAAUUGAUCAGUACUACUGUGAUUCGAAACAUCCAUGUGAAAACCAGACAUCAGCUGUACGGGUUUACGAUAUCGCAUUCAUUGGCAUCAAAGGAACGUCAGCAACAGAGGACGCUAUAAAAUUUGCUUGCAGUGACAUUUUUCCAUGUGAAAAUAUAAACCUUGAAGAUAUCCAGUUAUCUUUGGGCUCUGGAGGGGUUCCGACUGCUUAUUGCUGGCAGGCAUCAGGGUCCAGUUCUGGUGACGUUGUUCCCCCUUCUUGUCUUUCGAGUGUUGAUAGCCUCAUCGAACAAAAUGUUGUCGUCGAAACGAAGCUUCAUUCCAUGUUCAGAUGAUUAUAUGUACUUAUUCGAUAAAUAGCUACGUACAGGGUGCUUAUUCUUAAGAUAUGAUUCGGGUUCUGUUGUUUGUUUCCAGUUAUGCGCGAAUCAGUACAGAAACGUAUGUACAGAAUGCAUGUUUCUUGAAAGUUGAUCGGAUUUGGCUUGUGUCGGUUCCAAAUGAA